AUGCUAGCUACACUGGAUGCGCAAUAUGAGCCGCCUGGCAGGAAAUAUUUCUCGGAGACCGCAAUACCGAAACUAUAUGAUCAGCUGAGAGGGGAAAUUACCAGCGAAUUAAAAGAGGCCAACUUCGUUGCUCUGACAACCGACAUGUGGUCGAGCAUAAACAUGUCCCCCUAUAUGUCCAUAACCGCUCACUAUGUUUCCAAAGAUUGGACAUUAAAAUCCAAAUGUCUUGAGACAGCUUUUGCACCGGAGAGUCAUACCGCAGCGGUGCUCGCUGAAGCACUCCAGGAUGGGUUGCAAGCAUGGGGAGUAGGAGAGGAGAAAGUGGCCUGCAUCACAAGCGACAACGGAGCCAACAUCGUUGCAGCUGUUCGUGAUCUGAAGUGGCCAUGGAUCAGCUGUUUCGGGCAUAAUUUGAACUUGGCCGUCAACAAUGCCUUAAAUAAAGAGAAAGCCAAAACGGAGCGGGCUUUUGGCGUGUGUCGCCAAAUAAACGGAGCCUUUUCGCACAGCUGGCAAAGGCGGCAACAACUCAGGAAAGAACAAGAGCAACAGGGGAUAAAGAAACCGCUUUCUUUGAUAACUGAUUGCGCAACGCGCUGGGGCAGCAAGUAUGCAAUGACAGAGAGGAUCCUGGCCCUGCUGCCUUACAUCAGAAGGGUUUUUGCCGACGACAGGAGCCGGCGCACACUACCAACCAUAAGCUGGCAAGAUGUAAGCGUGCUGGAGGCUGUCAAAGAGGGACUGAAGUCUGUAUCUGAAUUUACAGACAUUAUGUCGAGUGAGCGUGACGUCACCAUUUCAUCGUUGCUGCCUCUGCUGCACAUGAAAGAUACCCUCAAGGAGAAAGACACUGAUGUCAAACUGACGGCAGAUAUAAAACGAACAAUCCUGGAACAGCUCGACAACAGAUACGACAACGACAAGACCAUCCAGUUAAUGCGCACAGCUAGCCUCCUUGACCCGCGGUACAAGGCCCAUCACAUGAGUGCUGCCGACCUGGACUAUAUCAGAUGCCAGCUGGAGGAUGAAAUGGUGCUGUUCUGGAAGAGGGACACCCCCAGGCCACCUGUGAGAGUCACAGAUGAGGAGGAUGCAGGAACCACCCAGCCAACCAAAAAGAAAAAAACACUGGGCAGUCUUCUUGGCACAGUCAAGCCUGCUGUCGUUGCAACGCCGGAGCAGCGAGCGCACGCUGAAAUGGCAAAUUACCUCCAAGAAGAGGUAGCUGAUGGAGAAACCAAUGCCCUUGAAUGGUGGAGGAGGAACGGAAGCCGCUUUCCCUUCAUGGCAAAAAUGGCACAGAAAUAUUUGUGCAUUCCCGCGACUAGCACGCCUUCGGAGCGCAUUUUCAGUAAAGCGGGGAAUGUUGUAACCCGGUACCGCAGUCUGCUAAAGCCAGACAAAGUCAACAUGCUUGUCUUCUUGUCAAAUAAUUUGUAA